AAGGAGAGUCUUAGCGGGCUGCUAGCGCUAGCUGCACGGGGCUGGAGAGGAAGUGGAGGCGACGACGGGCUCACGUCGAGAGCAAAGUGGGCAGAGCCGCUGACGGAGAUGUGCGCAGGCGGAGGCGGAGAGGACGACACACACGCCAGAGGAGCGAGGCGAGCAGGACGCAGGCACGGGAGGAGCGCGACGAUGAGCCCCGCAGAGCCCCCGAAACCGGCCCAAACCGCCCGAGACGCGACUCCGCUCGGGGCAGACGACGGCGGGUAGACACGGCCUCGUCAACGGGGAUUCCCCUUGAUGUUUUCGCAAAUUGCGUCAAAGGAGCAACAAGAUCUUCUCACCACAGCUAAAUGGCUUGACAUUUAGUCUUCGUGAAUUGAAGGAUUUGGAUGAUUCACACUGCAAUGGGGAUUUUGGAAACAUGUACCAGUGUGAAGACUUUCAAAGUUUGAAGAAAAAGAAAACAGCUAUACCCCAUUCAACUGGAUAUUGCUGAGGUGGACAGCGUUGUUUAACGUGAAGAUGGCAAGGGAUUUGGCAGUUAGCCAAAUUGACAAGACGAAAACUAUUUUUUUCUGACUGGACUUUCAAGCUUGGAUUUUUAUUUUUUUACAACAACGCGGACACUGGAACACCGUCGCUGACUCGUUGAAAAGUUACUCUGUUGUUUUUUGGGAAAACUUCUAACAGCCUUUGUACAUUUGAUAUUCAAAUGUUGUUUUUAAAUAAAGUGUAUGAACUCGUAUUUUUUCCCCCCUGACUUUAUUUCAUUAGCUAAUUAACCGAAGAAGAUAUUUGGGCGCAAUGCUUUGGCGUAAUAAGCUCGUAAACUCUGCAGUUGGUUUUAAUAUUUCAGUUAAUCCAUUUGACAAAGUUUUUGGAUUGCAUUGACUUUGUCACUUAUGAUCCAUAGUAUAAUAGCUUUGCAAUGGUUGAUGGAUCCCACCUUUCUUUGUAAGGGUUACUAUACAAAGGAAUCUCGAUUGUCCAGAUAAAGGAAAAUUUGUUUUUGAAAAUGCACCUUUUGUGAUUUAAUCAAGCCAAUUGGAAAAUCUUCAUAUGAUCCAUUGGAAAACAGUGGGAGAACAUGGUUAUUUGUGAGAUGUAUCAAAAGGCUUUGGCUUUGCAGAAAUGGUUUCCAAAGGCUUUCUAAAAUGGCUCCCGGUUGUCCUUCUUCCUGUCUGAGCAGGAAGUGAUGUAACUGCUGCAAAAAAAAUUAUAUACUCUUUAUGCCUCUUGUGUUUUUACCUUUUAAUGAAUUGGUAAGAAAGCUACCGUGUCGGGCUUUUGUCUCGGGUCUGAGAAUGUGUGCAAGUUCGUAUAAUAUCAAAAUUUAACCAUAAUAAAAGGGGUGGGACUUCACAUCACCUGAGUGUAGGGUAAAUGGAAAUAACGUCAAUCAAAGGCGAAGCUCUCAGAGCUAGGAAGGAGCUCUAGAUGGCGGCUGAGCCUCGGGAAGGGUGCCAUGGGCCGUCGACACGCGUCUCCCUCGCCCGCUUUUCGGCCACUUUCGCUGGAUUUUGACGCGAACUCGAGGGCUGUGGUCGCGCGCGCGCUGUUUUAGCGGAAAUUCUGGCGUUUUCGUGCGUUUCCUCGCGCCGUGUCGUCGAGUGAGUCCGCGCCGGCGGAGCGCUCGAGCGCUCGUCGUUGUUUUCCGCGGUGGGCUCCGGCGGCCAUGGCGCGCCUCCAUCUUUAGAGCCGCUCGCCUGCGUCGCUCUGGCUCUGACUGCUCGGGCCUACGCGCCUUUGAACAAGGCACUAUUUAAAAAAAAAAUCAUUAUUAUACUUUAUUGAGUUACCAUUCUUCUCUCUUUUACAGUUCGCCCUGUUUGCUCCGAGUCGCCGUACACAUUGCAGCGCCGGGACGGAGCGAGCGUGAAUCGUGUUAUUUCGCCUAUAGCCUGCCUCGUCUCCUGCACCUCGACCGGGAUGUUUACACCGUGUAGCUCGCGGUUCACUCCUCUUCUCCUUCUCCUCCUUUAAAUGUCGUUUUUCCAAUCCUUCGUCUGGUGACGCAGUUGGAAUUGAUCGCGUGCGGCUCGAUCUGUGGACUGUGUUGAAAAGACACGCGACGGCACCGUAACGACACCUGUCACUUCCCUCAGCUCGUCUGAAAGUAUCGGUGUUAUUGUAACGACCCUCGGCUCCCUCGGCUCCCUCGCCCCUUGUCCGUCCACCACCGCGUCGCACCGCCCGAGCACGGCCGCCCGGGCUGGACCUGGGUGACACUUCAUGCUGCCUGUGUAACUUUUUGACAGUAAAUACCUGGACACAAUAGCAGCACCGCGUCGGCGACCCUCAGGAUAAUACCAUGAUGAAGAAUAAAAGCAAGAAGCACGAGGAUGACGAGUCGACUCAGAGCAAUGCAUCAAGCAAUUCAGCUUCCGAGGAAUCCAACCACUCUGCGUCGGAGUCGGGAAGUCAGUCAGAGAGCGAACAUGGCAGCGGGAGGCGAAGAUCCCACAACUCUGAGUCAAACAGCUCCUCGGGGUCAGAGAGUCACUCGGAGUCGGGAAGCGAAUCGGCAGGGUCCAAAUCACAGCAAACCACAGAGGUCAAAGACAAGCCAGUUAGAAAGAAGGAGCGUCUGGCUGAUGUGAAGAAGAUGUGGGAAGAACAUCCAGAUGUGUAUGGGGUCAGGAGGUCGAAUCGCAGCCGACAGGAGCCGGCUCGAUUAAACAUUGGCGCUGAGGGCAGCAGUGACUCUGAGGGUGAGAGUCCCAAGAGAAAAACACCACGGGCUAAGAAAAAGGAAAAUAUCUGGAAAGAUGAUGACUCAAAUGAUGAUGAAGAAGAGGAGGAGGAGGAGGAGGAGGCUUCCGACUGUACAGACAGUGAGCAGGAAGAGAAAAAAGUUAAAUCCAGACGACUUCCUGCUAGAAGACCUCAGACCAAAUCAUCAACAGUCAAAAAACAGCUCUCUCAGAAAGGACGAAAGUCCAGGAAACCAGAGUCAUCGGCUGAAGAAGAUGAGGAUGAUGAUGAUGACGACGAUGAGGAUGAUGACGAUGAGGAAGGCACUCCAAAGAGGCAGACCCGAAGAAGGGGCGCAACAAAAGUCAAAAGUUACAAAGAGGAUCAACACGACUUUGAAACCGACUCCGAUGACCUGAUCGAAAUGACGGGGGACGCAGGCGAGGAGCAGCAGGACGAUGACAGUGAGACCAUCGAGAAAGUGAUGGACAACAGGAUAGGCAAAAAAGGAGCCACCGGAGCAUCCACCACUGUAUACGCUGUAGAGGAAAAUGGGGACCCUGGUGAGGGCUUUGACCCGGAGAAAGACGAGGGGGAGACUCAGUAUCUGAUCAAGUGGAAGGGCUGGUCCUACAUCCACAACACAUGGGAGAGCAUGGACUCACUGACAGAGCAAAAGGUCAAGGGACUUAAGAAACUGGACAACUACAAGAAGAAAACCGAAGAGCUCAAUUCAUGGUUGAGGAAGGCGUCACCCGAGGAUGUAGAAUUUCAUAACUGCCAACAGGAGCUCACCUCUGACUUGAACAAGCAGUUUCAGUUUGUGGAGCGUGUCAUCGCAAUGAAAACAGGAAAGACGCCAGGAUCCUCAGACUUUCCCUCUCAUAGUCACAAGACACCGUCCUCCAAUGAGCCAGAGUAUCUAUGUAAGUGGAUGGGGUUGCCCUAUUCAGAGUGCAGCUGGGAAGACGGAGCUUUGGUUGGGAAGAAGUUUCAGCACUACAUCGACAGCUUCACGAACCGAAACUCGACCAAAACCGUCCCUUCCAAGGACUGCAAGGUAUUAAAGCAAAGGCCACGGUUUGUCCCCCUGAAGAAACAACCUUCGUAUAUUGGAGAUGAGAACCUCCAGCUCAGAGAUUAUCAGCUGGCUGGCUUGAAUUGGCUCGCUCACUCCUGGUGCAGGUGCAAUAGUGUUAUCCUGGCCGACGAGAUGGGAUUGGGAAAGACCAUCCAGACCAUCUCUUUCCUGUCGUACCUGUUCCACCAGCAUCAGCUGUAUGGACCCUUCUUACUGGUGGUGCCUCUGUCUACGCUCACCUCCUGGCAGAGGGAGUUUGACACAUGGGCCCCGGACAUGAAUGUGGUGGUAUACCUCGGUGAUGUCAUGAGCAGGAAAAGUAUCCGUGACUAUGAGUGGGUGAACCAUCAGACCAAAAGAAUCCGUUUCAAUGCACUAUUAACCACAUAUGAGAUUUUACUUAAAGACAAGGGUGUGCUUGGGAACAUUAACUGGGCGUUCAUCGGUGUGGAUGAAGCUCACAGGCUGAAGAACGACGACUCCUUGCUAUACAAAUCAUUGAUGGAGUUCAGAUCCAACCACAGACUCCUCAUUACUGGCACUCCGCUGCAGAACUCCCUCAAAGAGCUUUGGUCCCUGUUGCACUUCCUCAUGCCGGACAAGUUCAACUCCUGGGAGGAUUUCGAUGACGAACACGGGAAGGGAAGAGAUAACGGAUAUCAGAGUCUUCACAAAGUCCUCGAGCCCUUCCUUCUCCGACGUGUGAAGAAAGAUGUGGAAAAGUCUCUGCCUGCCAAGGUGGAACAGAUCCUUCGUGUGGACAUGUCUGCACAGCAGAAACAAUUUUACAAGUGGAUUCUAACAAGGAAUUACAGAGCUCUUUCCAAAGGCACCCGGGGCAGCUCCUCCGGCUUCCUGAACAUCGUGAUGGAGCUCAAGAAGUGCUGCAACCACAGUUUCCUCAUUAAACAGCCCGAGGACGGAGACACUGAAACACAACAGGAACACCUGCAGAGUCUAGUGAGGGGCAGCGGGAAGCUGGUGCUGCUGGACAAGCUCCUGACCCGACUCCGACAACGAGGCAACCGAGUCCUGAUCUUCUCCCAGAUGGUCCGGAUGUUGGACAUUCUGGCCGAAUACCUCGCCAAGAACCGCUACCCCUUCCAGCGAUUGGACGGUUCCAUAAAGGGAGAAAUCCGAAAGCAAGCACUCGACCACUUUAAUGCUGAAGGCUCAGAGGACUUCUGCUUCCUGUUGUCCACCAGAGCCGGAGGUUUAGGGAUCAACUUGGCCUCAGCCGACACUGUCGUCAUCUUCGACUCGGACUGGAACCCGCAAAACGACCUGCAGGCCCAAGCCAGGGCCCAUAGGAUUGGUCAGAAGAAACAGGUGAAUAUAUACCGGCUGGUCACCAAAGGCACAGUGGAGGAGGACAUCAUUGAGAGGGCGAAAAAGAAGAUGGUAUUGGACCAUCUCGUCAUUCAGAGAAUGGACACCACUGGUCGAACUGUACUGGACAGCAACUCAGGAACCACUAAUUCAAACCCAUUCAACAAAGAAGAACUGACUGCUAUUCUCAAGUUUGGUGCAGAGGAACUUUUUAAAGAGGCAGAGGGAGAGGAGUCUGAACCGCAGGAGAUGGAUAUAGAAGAGAUCCUGAGGUUGGCUGAAACAAGAGAAAGUGACCCGGGCUCAAGUGCUACAGACGAACUUUUGUCUCAGUUCAAGGUGGCUAAUUUCUCCAGCAUGGAAGAGAGCACUCCAGAUCUGGAGGAGAAACACAUACGGGAAUGGGAUGAUAUCAUUCCGGGGGAGCAGCGGCGCAAAAUUGAGGAGGAGGAGAAGCAGCGGGAGAUGGAGGAUAUCUUCAUGCUGCCGAGGAGCAGGAGCUCGAACAAGAGGGCUCAGGCCAACGAUAGUGAUAGCGACGUGGGCUCCAAGCUGAAGAAUCGCUCGUCAGGCUCUGAGAGCGAAACGGAUGAUAGUGAUGAUGACAAGAAGCCAAAGAAGAGAGGCCGACCUCGAGCCCGCAAGAACAACGUGGAGGGCUUCACUGAUGCUGAGAUCCGCAGGUUUGUCAAGGCAUACAAGAAAUUUGCGGCCCCCCUUGAAAGGUUGGAAGCAAUCGCCCGAGACUCUGAACUGGUCGACAAAUCCAUCGCAGACUUGAAGAGACUUGGUGACCUGAUCCACAGUAGCUGUGUGACUGCAGUGCAGGAGCAUGAAGAACUCCUUAAAGAGAACCCCGUUGAAGCAAAAGGUCCUGGGAAACGGCGAGGUAUUAAUAUCAAGAUCUCAGGAGUGCAGGUCAACGCCAAGUCCAUCAUCCAGCACGAGGAAGAGUUUGAGCCGCUGCACAAAGCGGUGCCCUCCAACCCCGCUGAGAGAAACAAGUUCCAGCUGACAUGCAGGGUCAAGGUAGCUCACUUUGACGUGGACUGGGAUCUGCAGGAUGAUGUUCAGCUCUUGCUCGGCAUCUACGAGCACGGCUUCGGCAACUGGGAUCUGAUAAAGACGGACCCCGACCUCAAGCUGGCUGAUAAGAUUCUCCCCGACGACCCGAGCAAGAAGCCUCAGGCCAAGCAGGUGCAGGCGAGAGCCGAGUAUCUGCUCAAGCUGCUGAAAAAAGAACAGGACAGCACAGACGUGUCCAAAGCAGGAGAGGAGGUCAAAGUGAAGAAGAGGAAGCCCCGGGUGAAAAAGGAGAACAAGAUCCUCAAGGAUGAGCAGGGCAACGACAUCUCCUCCCCCCGCCUGUCUGACAAUCCGUCAGAGGAGGGUGAAGUCAAGGAUGAUGGAACGGAGAAGUCCCCCGCCAAGAAGAGGCAAAAGAAAAAGGACAACAAGGAGAACAAAGAAAAACAGGGAACUUCUAAAAAAGAGAAGGACGGGGACAAAGAGAAGAAGGGCGCAAAGUCUAGAAAAGAAAAGGUUAAAGGAGCCAAAGGGAAGAAGACUCAAGGUCCAGUUCACAUCACAGCUGGAUCUGAGCCCGUUCCCAUCGAAGGAAAGGAGGACGAUGAACUCGACCAGGAAACUUUCAGUGUUUGUAAAGAGCGCAUGAGGCCGGUGAAAAAGGCCUUGAAGCAGCUGGACAAACCAGACGAGGGUCUGUCUGACCAGGAGCAGCUUCAGCACACUCGCACAUGCCUGUUGAAGAUUGGAGACCGAAUCACAGAGUGCCUUAAAGUCUACAGUGACCCCGAACAUGUCAAAAUAUGGCGACGAAACCUCUGGAUUUUUGUGUCGAAGUUUACAGAGUUUGGUGCAAGGAAGCUUCACAAGCUUUACAAAAUGGCACAGAAGAAGCGAUUGCACGAGGAAGAGAAGGAGCAGAAGAAGAAGGACGAUUCUGGAGGGAGAGGAAAAUCUUUCCGACCAGAAACGUCCAGCUCCAGUCGAGACUCCUUAGGUACACAGCAGUCCUCCAAAACUGCAUCUCACCUGACUCAGCCAGGCUCCCACGGGCACCACAGAGAACCGUACAAUUCGUCUAAUAAGCGGCACUUUGGAAAUGAUGAUCGAGGGGACUGGCAGAGGGACCGUAAAUACAGUUACCCCAGCAACAGCAACCCGUCAUGGCAGGGAGACCGACAUCAUCCGUAUGACCAGCAUCGCUACAAGGAUCACUAUGGCGAUCGACGUCCACAUGGAGACAUGUAUCGCAGCUCAGGCAGUUACCGCAACAACAGCUCCCCUCGAAAAAGACCGUACGAGGGGUACGGCAACGACCGGGACCACAGGGGCCACAGACCCUAUUACGACAGGAAUCCUGACCCCAAGAGAAGACGUCCUGACGAAUUCCGUCCCAACUACCACCAGGGACGAGAAGGCCCCCCUCAGGACUUCAGACGGAUGACGGACAACAGGGCAGCGGGUCCGCCCGGGUCGGAUCACUACAGCAGGCCCUUCCACCCGGACAAACCUCCUCCGCUCUUGGACCCUCGCUCCCCGCAGACUCAGAAGUCUCCGCAGGACUCCCACUCGCCUCCGGAGCGACCCGUGGAGCCGAACGCCGCAGCGGACCCAAACUGGAACAACAGGAAAACAUAAAGUCUGCCAGCGCUGGCUUGAGAAACUGAUCUGGGCGUUUUGUCCAGGGUCAACGCCACAUAUUGCUGCUGACGGACUAGUCUGGACUCGGCAACCAUAAGCUGACAGCUGGGAAGGGAAUCAAAAUGUACCCUCUUUACCAGCAAAACCAAACUAUUGCCCCCCCCCGCCCCACCCCUCAUGACUGUUGAGUGUGGCUGUGAAUGAUUUGUGCCCUGAUGGAAGAAGUUUGUUUCCUCUCGUUAUCGUCACAAUGGAAAAAAAUACUAAAACAAGCAUCUUUAUGUAUAGGAAUUGAUUCGAUCAGUCAGUCAUGGUGAGACUGAGUGGAAUACAUACGGAUGCUUAGUCCCGUGGACUAUUAUCUAAGGAGAAAAUAUAGGAAACACAAACUGUCGACUGAUCGCAAUCCUAAAAGUGCCUGAAGGUUUUGGCCUUUUCCGAACGGUAAAUGUAUGGGAUCAUUCCCAAAAAGGAACAAUGACGUGGACAUUAUUUUAUUUUUUUUGUUUAGCUUUAAGUCUUGCAAAUGAUGUCACCAGAAGAUUUCUGUACAAAAAGAAUGUGUAAUGUGUCAUCAUCCGCACCUUCAAAAUGUCUAUCUUCCAUAUGUUGCUGAACCGAAUCACAGGCGUCGUCACCAUGCGGUUUAAAAUGGUGUUGCGGUGGGAGCCGGCUCAGCUCUUGUUCUGAAAUUUCGAAUAAUCAAGCCAGUUUGUUUCCUGGAAACACUCAGCAGGUAGUCUGAAAAAAAGGUUUUUAGCAGAUGCACAUCUCGUGUACAAAUAAUCAUUGUUUCUUUAACUGUGUACCUUUUAUAAAGCACUGCAGUUCUAUUGCUUUGUUCACUUUAAUCACCUUCUCGGGGCGAGGCCCUGGUGAAGAGGAAGCUCUGCAGUAUUUAUUGCAUUUCCAACUCGUAGAAAAGUUUCAUAACACUAUGAAUCAGGCAAAACAAAAGGAAUCGUUCUGUCAGUAUUAUGAUGGUAAAUAUUAGUAUUUCAGUGUAGUUCCAUUAAAUUGCCCGUCUUUCAACCGAUGAUAGUACUCUAUAGUACUAUAAUAUCUGAAAAUAUUACUUGAUACGAGCAUUUUCUCCCCUAUUCUAUGCUACGGCAAUAUGUUCUGAUUGACAGUCGUGCUGUUGCUGGUAGGUUGUUAAAAGGUUGUUGGGAAGUUGAGAUUUCAUUCUGUCCAUUUCCUUUGGUCACUCCUUUCCUGUGCCAAACCUGGUCCUGCUCUGGCCCCUCAUUUGUUGUUGUUUUAUUUUUUAUGCUUCUCCAUUUGUGCCUUAUUUAUGUGUGUAUUCUCAUACUGUAUGUUGGUUCAUGGACAGUACCGGGGGUCUGGAGCAGGCCGGAUGUAGUAUUACAACAGUCUCUGAAAGGGUCAAUCAUGAUUCAGUGGUGAAGGGAACACGUAUUCUGCUCAUGUGUAAUGUGGCUCUAGCGAUUUACUGAAAGAGUUGGCGGUUUGAAGGGAAAAUAAGAAAAUUAAUAUACAAAAUAAAUACAAUAAAUCAUGUGUGUUUUGUCCGGGGCACUUAGCCGACCUGUUACAGUGAUCAGCCAGCACAUGUUCUCUUCCACAUCAAACAAGCUAGAGUUCCUGUAUCAUAUGUUCUUUAAAGAAAGUCUAAAUAAUUUAUAUUUGUGACAAAACCACUCUCCAUGAGAAAUGUCCUGUACAUAUGUUUGGACAUAUGUAAUAAACCUUCUUACACAAAGGAA